AUGGAUAUUAAUAAAAAUUCAAUUAUUCUGCACUCAUGGGAAACAUAUGAAAACUCUCAGAUUCUUACUCUAGAUGAUUGGAUACAAUCUUGCCAAGAGCGACAGAGUCUCCCAGAUGAAGAAUUUUGUUUUGAUUUUCAAUCUUCUCUCAACCUUAAUGAAAAGGAUUCCGUAAUUACACACAUAGAAAACGUCUCUUUGAAUCACAAAAAUAAGCAGCACAUUUUUGAAAGUUUGUUAGAUAAUGAAGUUAUUCUAAAUACUGUUAAAGAUAUAUGCAAAUUAUUAGAAAAGAGUGUCCAAGUGAGAGUGCAAACACAACCUAACAAGUGUAAAUUAUGCAUUUCUAAUGAGGAAACUUAUUGCAAUCAUUGUACAACAGGCAUUCUUUUUUCUGGAGGCUUAGACUGCACCAUUUUAGCAUUUCUAGCAGAUAAAUUUUUACCCAAAAAACAACCAAUUGACCUUAUUAAUGUUGCAUUUAAAUCAAAUGACAAUAGUUCUUAUGAUGUCCCUGACAGACUAACUGGAAAACAGUCAUAUGAAGAACUGCAACGGCUUUGUCCAGACAGAUUGUGGGUCUUUCAUGAAGUUAAUGUUCCAAAAGAGCAAUUAGAAGAGUAUCAAUCAUUAAUCAUAGGAGAUUUGGUGUAUCCAAGAAAAACUAUAUUGGAUGAAAGCCUUGGAUCAGCUUUAUGGUUUGCCGCUAGAGCUGGGUCAUUAUCACAUUGUAGGAUUUUACUGCUUGGUUCCGGAGCUGAUGAAUUAUUUGGUGGAUAUGUGAGGCACAGGAAUGCAUACAAACGACAAGGCUGGCUGGGUUUAUCAAAGGAGUUAUUAUUGGAUUGGAAAAGAAUAUCAUUCAGGAAUCUUGCAAGGGAUAAUAGAGUGAUAUGUGACCAUGGCAGACAGCCCAGGAUGCCUUAUUUGGAUGAGGAUUUAAUUGAUUAUGUACUUAAUCUCAAACCUUGGCUAAAGUGUUAUCCAAGCGAAACCUUACCAUGUGGAAUUGGUGAUAAAUUAAUUUUAAGACUUGUUGCAUUUCAACUCGGCUUUGUUAAUGUGACAUUUCUACCGAAACGGGCGUUACAAUUUGGUUCAAGAAUUGCAAAUAAAAAAGAAAAAGGAAAUGAUAUAUCAAAAACAUUUAUGAAUACAUAA